AUGUGGAAGUUGUUAGCAUCUGCUGAUAAUCCCUCAAGCAACAAACCACACAACAUGUCAAAACCUCUGAUCCUUAAACCCCAACAAAAACAGACGUUGUUGUCGCUUUCAAUCAUCAACGAGGCGAAAUGCAUAGCAGACAUUUCACUCCCAAUGAUCCUAACUUCCCUCUUGCUCUACUCCCGCUCCAUCAUCUCCACGCUCUUCCUGGCCCGCCUGGGCCCGCUCCCCCUCGCCGCGGGCUCCCUUGCCAUGGCCUUCGCCAACAUCACCGCCUACUCCCUCCUCUCGGGCCUCGCCAUGGGCAUGGAGCCCAUCUGCGCUCAGGCCUUCGGCGCCAAGAAAUACAAACUGCUCGCCCUCACCAUGCACAGAACUGUUCUCCUCCUUCUCGUAACUUCCAUUCUCAUUUCCUUCUUGUGGCUAAACAUGCGCACCAUUUUAAUCUUUUUCGGUCAAGAACAAGACAUCGCAAACGAGGCUCAAGUCUUCAUCUAUUAUUCUCUCCCUGAUCUCGUAGCGCAGUCUCUCCUUCACCCUCUCAGAAUCUACCUUCGCACUCAAUCCAUUACUCUCCCUCUCACGUGCUGCUCCGCAUUCUCCAUCCUCCUGCACGUGCCAAUCAACUAUCUUUUCCUCCAAGUUCUUCAUCUCGGAAUCAGAGGCAUCGCCUUGGCCUCUGUCUGGACCAACUUCAACCUCGUCAUUUCUCUGAUUAUUUACACCGUCGUCUCAGGGUACCACAGGACAACAUGGACACGUGUCACGCUCUCCAAGUGCUUCAGCGGAUGGAAGAAGCUCCUGAGUCUCUCGAUUCCGAGCUGCGUUUCAGUCUGCCUCGAAUGGUGGUGGUACGAAAUCAUGAUCUUGCUCUGCGGAUUGCUUAUGGAUCCGCACGCGAGCGUUGCGUCCAUGGGGGUUCUGAUUCAAACUACUGCGUUGAUAUACAUUUUCCCGUCUUCGCUGAGCUUCGGCGUCUCGACGAGAGUCGGAAACGAGUUAGGAGCAGAGAAUCCGAAUAAGGCGAAAAUGGCCGCAAUGGUGGGACUAUGCUUCAGUUUCGUCCUCGGAUUCUCUGCUCUGAUAUUUGCGUCUUCGGUGAGGAACGUUUGGGCUUCGAUGUUCACGGAAGACGAAAAGAUCAUAGCGUUGACGUCAAUGGUGUUACCGAUAAUUGGGUUGUGUGAGAUUGGGAACUGUCCGCAAACAACGGUUUGCGGGGUUUUGAGGGGAACAGCGAGGCCAAAGUUGGGAGCGAACAUAAACUUGGCUUGUUUCUAUGUUGUGGGAAUGCCGGUGGCGGUUUGGUUGGGUUUCUUUCAUGGGUUUGAUUUCAAGGGGUUGUGGUUGGGUAUGUUGGCAGCGCAGGGUUCUUGUAUGGUCACCAUGUUGUUUGUUUUGGUCAGGACCAAUUGGGAUGGUCAAGCACAAAGGGCCAAGGACUUGAUGACGUCAUCCGAAGAAUUAGAUUUAGGAGAUGAUGGUGAUGACGAUGACGAUGAGGACCAAUAUGUUGAGAAAUGGUGUUUGGGAAUAUGUUAUGACACAAAAGAACUUGUUUGA